AUGGUUAUCAUGAGGAAAACCGCCACCGCGCCGUCGCCGCCGAACCAGGACAAUCCGCGGCAAGUGCCCAGGAAGAAACUAUCGUUUCGGGAACCCGAGGUGGUGCCCCGGGGCAAGCCUCGGGUGGUGCUCAACAGGGCUGAUGAAUUCGAACUGGACGAAGAACUGCAGAGCCAAGCGAUGCGAGUGGUGCGGACGGUAGGCCAAGCGUUCGAAGUGUGCCACAGAGUGAACCCGUCCGAAGACGGCGGCGACAGGGACGACGAGGACGGGACGUCGUUCAGACGUCGCGACGACGAUGAUGACGACGACGACGACUGCGACGACGACGACGAUCCCCGAGGAGACGAUUCGGGCGACGAAGACGACGAGGCGGACGACGGUUCCGUGUUGAAACGAGACACAUUCGAAAACCAAGGUAGACUGGAAACAUCUGUUGGAAACGAUUCUGUUUCAUCAUUGGACGGAGCUAGAAGGGACGGAGGACCCAACGACAUACAACGACCUUUACGACUAGAUAUCAUUCCACCACCAUCGGCCUCGUCAGUCAACCACAGACGUUCCUCGCCAAUGAACGGCAGUGAAGUAUUUAGCUCUCCAAUGACUGAAACAUCCAAAGGUGACGGGGUCCCGUUGUCUUCUCUGAGCGUACAACACGAAAUGCAAUUAUUGCGACAGCAACUGGACCAGCAAACGCAUCAGACACAAGCUGCAGUGGCUCAAGUUCACAUGCUCAGGGACCAGUUGGCGGCCGAAACAACUGCUAGGAUGGAGGCUCAGGCGCGGACACACCAGCUCUUGGUGCACAACAAGGAACUGCUGGAUCACAUCGCCUCGUUGGUGUCGUUGCUGCACGACCAGGAGAGGAUCAGAAGUGAACUGCAACACCAUUCGCUUCCCCCGCAUCCCAUGAUGUGCGACAUGCCGACGCCAUCGUCGGCGCCGGCGUCCUACCUGCCGGAAUUGCCGCCACCAUCUCCCCGGCACAGGGCUCCGGCGUACCACAUGCCCAUGAACUUCGACUUCAACUUUAGUCAACCCGCUCCGACGGUCGACCAACAGUUUCAAGCGCAGCUGCUGCAGCGGCUCCAGUCGCUGACCGGCACGAUAGCGGCGAACAACGCGGCCGCCGUGGGCCCGUACCAACAACAGCGAUCCGCGGCGUAUCAACCACACCUGUACGCCCCGGCCGCUCACCAGCAGCAGCCGUCCACGUCGCCGACGCUUAUCAACUGCAGGCCGUCGUCGCAGCCGUCCUACUCGGCGUCACCGGUGGCGGGCCGGUCCACGUCCGGCGCCGACUGUUGCGGUCCCGCGAACGACGGCAUCAUCAAACCGCUGUCCGACGACCGGCAGGUGACGGUGGUGGUGGACGACCGGACCGCCGGCGAACCUUCACCGCCGUCGCCGCAUCACCCGGAACCGCCAGAACCGACGGUGCUGUCGCCGCCGCCGCCCGGCAAGUUGCAAAAGUCGUUGCUGAAGGUGUCGUCGUCGUCGAGCGGCGGGGGCGGUGGCGCUGGCAGAGCGGCCGGCAAAAAGACCGCGACCGUGGUCGGCAACGGUCCGAUAACGAGGUCGACCAGCGAAAAGGUGCCCAACAAGAGCAACCUGAUGAGCCAAGUGCACAGGACUACCUGGGCGCGGCACACCACGAAAUAG